UCCAUAAACAAAUGUCAAGAUUCAUUUCAUCGCCAAUCAUAUAUGUAUAAUUCAUUCUCAUGUUUUCAACUUUGUAUUAUCUCUUUAAUUCCAAAGAUGGUCCAAUUCACGGCCUUAAAAAGGCUAACUUCGGCUGGCGUGGGCGCCACUCUCCCCACCUCCACAAAGAACGGUGGCGCCUCCGCCCGCUCAGCCUCCGCGGGCCUCCUUCGCCGGCGACGUGUUGCCAAUUCAUUUGGCAACCUUAAGCUCACCAUCCUAUGUGGGAUUGUAACAAUUUUAGUAUUGCGUGGCACCAUAGGACUCACCAACUUCUCCUCUAAUAGUUCCUCUCUUGACCAAACCCAAGAACUUAUUGAAGAAACUAAUCGGGUCAUUGCUGAGAUCCGAUCAGAUAGCGACGACGACGACAACAACGACGAAGAUGAUCAUUCUGAAUUUUCUCAUAAUGCUAGCUAUACUCUAGGUCCAAAAAUCACCAACUGGGAUUUUACAAGAAAAGCUUGGCUCCAUGAAAAUCCAAGAUUUCCUAGUUAUGUAAAUGGCAAGCCUCGUGUUUUACUGGUAACAGGCUCACCUCCAAGUCCAUGUGACAAUUCAAUUGGUGAUCAUUAUUUGUUAAAGUCAAUAAAGAACAAGAUUGAUUAUUGCAGAAUUCACAACAUAGAAAUUGUGUACAACAUGGCUCAUUUGGAUAAUCAGCUAUCAGGGUACUGGUCAAAAUUACCAUUAAUUAGGAAACUAAUGAUUUCUCACCCAGAAAUUGAGUGGAUUUGGUGGAUGGAUAGUGAUGCAAUGUUUACAGAUAUGACAUUUGAAAUUCCAUUAUCUAAAUAUGAUGGCAAAAAUUUAAUUAUUCAUGGAUAUCCUGAAUUAUUAAAUGAAAAAUCUUGGGUUGCUUUAAACACUGGGAGUUUUCUACUAAGGAAUUGUCAAUGGUCUUUAGAUUUGCUUGAUUCUUGGGCACCAAUGGGACCAAAAGGUAAAAUUCGCGACGAUGCUGGAGAAAUUUUAACAGCAAAUUUAAAGGGUAGGCCUAAUUUUGAAGCAGAUGAUCAAUCAGCGCUGAUAUACCUGUUGAUUUCGCAGAACAAUAAGUGGAUGGAGAAGGUGUUUAUUGAGAGUUCUUAUUAUUUACAUGGAUAUUGGGCAGGUUUAGUUGAUCGAUACGAGGAAAUGAUCGAGAAAUACAAACCAGGUUUUGGUGAUGAGAGAUGGCCAUUUGUGACACAUUUUGUUGGUUGUAAGUCUUGUGGAAGUUAUGGGGAUUAUCCAGUUGAGAAAUGUUUGAAGAGUAUGGAGAGAGCUUUUAAUUUUGCAGAUAAUCAAGUGCUUAAAUUGUAUGGCUUUAGGCAUAGAGGAUUGUCAAGUCCUAAUAUUAAAAGGAUUAGAAAUGAAACCUUUAGGCCUUUGGAGUUUGUUGGUCAGUUUGACAUUAGACAUUCUGCACUUAUAGGCAGUCUAUGAAAUCAAACUACUUAGAGUUUUUUUUUUUUUUGUGUGGAAAUUUUGUCCCUCAAUAUUGUAAAUCUUCUAUAUAAAAUAUUGUAGAGUAGUUGUUUGCGAUGAAGAUGGUCGGUAAGAAUUCAUAUAAAUGAUCUCAAUUUUGUUUGAGACUAAUGUGUA